AUGGCCACAGAAGGACUCAUCAAUAUUCUCGAGCGAACGGUUACUGGCUCACAAGCUGAUUUGGAGAAUGCACGAAAUUUUCUUGCUAAAGCAGCUGAACAAAAUUUAUCGGAACUUUUAAAACAACUAUCCGAUAUUUUAAUUACCGCCACAAAUAAUCCAACAGCACGUGCACAAGCAGCAUUACAACUUAAAAAUGCUCUUUAUUCACGAGACGAUACUUUAAAACAACUUUAUCAAGAACGAUGGCUUAGUAUACCAGAAAAUAUCAGAAAUCAUAUAAAAACUAAUUGUUUUAAUGCUCUCGGUACUGAAACAACAAAACCAUCACAAGCUGCUCAAUGUGUUGGUUAUAUAGCUUGUGCUGAAAUACCACGUGGUCAAUGGCAAGACUUAAUAAAACGCCUGGUUGACAAUGUUACUACAGUGGGCAGAGCCGAUAAUGUACGGGAAGCGAGCUUGGAAGCACUCGGUUACAUAUGUCAAGAUAUUGAUUCAAAUGUACUUGAACCUCAAAGUAAUCUUAUAUUAACUGCACUUAUUUAUGGUAUGCGUAAAGAAGAAACAAAUGAUAAUGUACGACUUGCUGCAAUAACAGCUUUAUUAAAUUCAUUAGAAUUUACAAAAAAUAAUUUUCAAAAUGAUAGUGAAAGACAUUAUAUAAUGCAAGUUGUUUGUGAAGCUACACAAUCACCAAAUAUUAAAAUUCAAGUAGCAGCUUUACAAAAUCUUGUUAAAAUUCUUACGUUAUAUUAUGAUUAUAUGGAAUAUUAUAUGGGACCAGCAUUAUUUGCUGUAAGAAAAUUUUUUAAUAGUUUAAUUAAUAAAUCGACCUUAAUAAAUGGUCGUUUUUUUUUUUUUCUGUGA